AUGUGGCUGAUCGUCAACGACAUGUGCAUCAAGAUGCUCGGGAAUGCAGGUUGCGAGAUGAUGCCUGUCAAUUCUUUCAUGCGGCAAAGCUUUUCCCAGACUAUCCUUUCAGGCAUCCUUACUGCGAGACGGAUCUGCGACACUACCGCGACACUCUCGAACCCACCUCCAACAGUUGCGGCUUCGAACCACGCCCAUCAACACUCGAACCGAGUGCACAUCGCCAAAAUCUGA